AUGAAGGGUCGCGGAGUGCAUAAGAGCGGCGUGACGUCGCGCGUACCCUACCACGUUUCUUACGCCAUGACCACCAUCGCCUACUCCAGCCCGGCCUCUGUCUUUGCCACCACCGGGGACGACAGCGCCCCGACCCUCAUGGACAGCCUGCUUGGCGGGCUCGAGGCUGGCUGGUUCGAGCUCAUGGACGCCCUCACCUACGGCUUCGAAGAUAAGGCCUACACGCCAACGGACCCCGCCGGCACCUUCUCCUCGUGGCUCAUGGAUGAGAACUAG